ACCCACCGCUCAGAGGAAGUACACAAGUCCAUGUUCCCUCCUGCACCUCCACGAAUAGAGCCAGCUCAACAUGGUGAGCGUUAUGGAGUACCUUCGCUACCUCCAAGACCCUCACCUUGUCGCCCGCUUUCAGCUUAUUUGCGGGAUACGGGGCACUCUUUCAGAAACUGUUCCUGCCGAUAGUUCGACCUCUGACAGCUGCAGGUCAGUAAAUAAGGCUCGUUCUCGCUACAACGGGGCUCUCCAUCAUCACACAGCCGGGGAAACAGGGGAUGAACAGUUUACCAGUAUGGGAGUUCCGAGGAGGACCGCAGAUAUAACUGAGCCUAGAAAACUCAAGCAUGACAUGGAAGACGCUUCCCCGAACGGGGCUGCUCUGUCCCCAGGUGGAGAAAAUGUCGCUGUGCGGGGCAGCACUCUUAAACCCCUCCGCAGAAACUCUCUGACGGGCGAAGCGGGGCAGGAGUUUGUCAUCGAGAACCGCUUCUUGUUUUACUUGUUCACCUUCGGAACAGAGUUGGGAAACGAAUUGUUUUAUAUCAUCUUCUUUCCCUUCAUCAUGUGGAAUGUGGACGCUUUCGUGAGCAGACGGUUGAUCAUGGUGUGGGUCUGGGUCAUGUACGUGGGACAGUGCACGAAGGAUGUGAUCGGCUGGCCCCGACCCGCUUCCCCACCUGUGGUGAAAGUGGAAAUGUUUUACAACUCUGAGUACAGCAUGCCGUCCACCCACGCCAUGUCAGGGACAGCUAUCCCCUUCUCCCUGUUCUUCAUGACCCAUGGCCGCUGGGAGUACCCUUACACCCUGGGCUUCAGCUUGGCUCUGUGUUGGUGUCUGUUGGUCUGUUCCAGCCGGAUCUACAUGGGGAUGCACUCAGUCCUGGACGUCAUCGCUGGUAUCCUGUACAGCAUUCUCAUCCUCUUCUUCUUUCUUCCUGCGUUGGACAUGAUUGACAACUUCAACCUGAGCUGCCGCUACGCUCCGCUGGUCAUCGUUUUCAUCCCCCUGGCCCUGGCCCUCUUCUCAUUCACCCUGGACACCUGGAGCACUUCUCGAGGUGACACAGCUCAGAUCCUGGGUGUGGGUGCUGGUGUGGCCCUGGCGUCUCAUGUAAACCAGCUCCUAGGUUUGAUGCCAGACCUGACGGCUGAUCAGCUACCUCUCAUGGUGCCUACUGUAAGUGGCGGCCUGGUGUGUGGAGCUAUGCUGCGGUUGGUUUUGGGAGUGAUAGUCCUCGUGGCAAUACGGACCCUGAUGAAGGCCGUCACCAUCCCACUGGUGUGCUGGCUGUUCAAGGUGCCCAGCUCAGACGUGAGGAAGGCCCGUCAGCAUGUGGAGGUAGAACUCCCAUACCGCUACAUUGUUUAUGGGACCAUGGGCUUUAGUGUGCUCUUCCUGGUUCCACUGCUCUUCACCUAUGUAGAGAACUCAUAA